AUGGCUCAUAUUGAUGCCGGAAAAACCACAACCACUGAGAGAAUGUUGUAUUAUUCUGGAUACAUUCGGGCACUGGGAGAUGUUGAUGAUGGGGAUACGGUGACAGACUAUAUGGCACAGGAAAGAGAGCGUGGGAUCACAAUUCAAUCAGCAGCUGUCACAUUUGACUGGAACGAACACAGAAUCAAUUUGAUUGACACUCCAGGACAUGUGGAUUUCACUGUAGAGGUUGAACGAUCGCUGAGGGUGCUGGAUGGAGCAGUUGCUGUGUUUGAUGCUUCAGCUGGUGUAGAGGCUCAAACCCUGACUGUGUGGCGACAAGCAGACAAACAUUUUGUACCAAGAAUAUGUUUUUUGAACAAGAUGGACAAAUCCAAUGCCAGUUUUUCAUACUCCGUUGAAAGCAUCAAAGAAAAGCUGAAAGCAAACCCUAUGCUGUUACAGCUUCCUAUAGGGGAGGGCAAAUCAUUUGAAGGUCUGGUGGAUUUAUUGAGUAUGCAGUCAAUCUGCUGGAGCGCGCGAGCCAGUGAGGAUGGUGGAAGAAUAUUUGAGAGGAAACCUCUGACAGAUAUAAAAGACCAGCAUCUUCUGACCUCUGCCAUUGAAGCAAGAAAUGCCUUACUAGAACAA